AUGUUUGCUUUGAUCCUAUUGUUUCUCUCAAUCUCAAAUCUUGCUAUUGAUCUUUCCUUUGUUUCAGGACAGUCUGAGAAAGAGCUUCUUCUUGAGUUAAAAACCAGCCUCACAUAUGAAUCCUCCACCUCAACAAAGCUGGUGCAUUGGAACGAAUCUGUCGAUCUCUGUCAAUGGCCCGGAGUGGAAUGCAGCAGUCGGGGAAGUGUCUCUGGCCUUGAUCUCAGUGGAGAGUCGAUCUCCGAUGGGAUCAUUACUCUUUUCAGCCUCACACACCUCCAGAGUUUGAGUUUAGCUCAAAACACCUUUUCCCUCCCCGAGUUCCCAUCCGGAUUCGGACAGCUCACAGAGUUAAGGUAUCUCAAUCUAAGCCGUUGUGGCUUUUCUGGCCAGAUUCCAUCUGAUUUAUCAAACUUAACAAGGCUAGUUGUUCUUGAUCUGUCGGUCGACUUCUUCUCAUCGCUUAACCUCCCUAAUCUGUAUAGACUGAUCCACGCCUUCUCUAGCUUAAAAGAACUCCAUCUUGAUGGAGUGAAUGUCUCAGCUAAUGGCAAUGAAUGGGGCAGUGCUAUAUCAUCAUCCAUGUCAAAUUUGACUGUAUUGGGCAUGUCUGGUUGCUUCCUCAGAGGCCCUCUUGAUUCCUCCUUGUUGAAACUACAAUCCCUUUCCGUUAUUCGUCUUGAUGGAAACACAUUCUCCUCUCCCUUUCCUGGCUUUCUUGCAGAGUUUCCUAAUCUGAAAGUGCUCACUCUAAGCUCAUGUGACUUAUCCGGUGUGGUUCCUGCAAAACUUUUCCGGAUCAAGACUCUGCAGACAGUCGACUUGAGUAACAACCGCAAUCUUCAGGGCUCGUUGCCUGAGUUUCCUGCCAAUGGCUCUCUUGAGAACUUGAUGCUUAGUUACACUAGAUUCUCAGGGAAUGUGACAGAAUCUAUAGGGAAUCUUAGAAUGAUGUCAAAUCUUGAUGUUAGAAGCUGCAAUUUCUCAGGGCUGAUUCCUAGUACAAUCAAAAACCUUAAUUUGCUUGUCUAUUUAGACCUCUCCCAAAACCAGUUUUCUGGCUCUGUCCCUUCCUUUGCUUUCUUGAAGAAUCUUAAUGUGUUGAAUCUUUAUAGCAACAGAUUAGAAGGAGAAGUUUCUGAUUCUUCUUGGAAAGGCCUUGAGAAUCUUGAGUUUCUUCAUCUGGGUGAGAAUUCAUUAAAAGGUGAAAUCCCACCAUCUUUGUUUGCUUUACCAAUGCUCAAAUCAUUACAUCUCUCCAACAACAGCUUUUCUGGUUCCAUCAAACUCUCAACAAGCAACACUUCAUCUCCUUUAGAAGUUCUUGAAAUGAGCCUCAACAAUCUAGAAGGUUCCAUACCACGAAUCUUCUUCGAACUCAAGAAUCUCUCCUCCUUAAUCAUUUCCUCCAACAAUUUCAGUGGCUCCAUACACCUCACAGAUUUCAGCAAGCUGACAAAUCUUGCCAGCUUAGACCUUUCCUACAACAAACUGUCAGUUCAUGUUGAUGAAGAAACGGUUUUCUCGAAACUGUUUCCGCGUUUAGGGAGUCUAAUGCUGGCCCAUUGCAAUCUGCAGAAGGUUCCUAGUUUGAAAAACCAAUCAUCUCUGAUGAUGCUUGAUCUCUCAAACAAUGUGAUAGAAGGUGAGAUUCCUAGCUGGAUGUGGGAAGGUAACCUCCGUUUCUUGAACAUCUCCCACAACCGGUUCAGUCGUUUUCAAGAGCCUUAUGAUCUCCGAGCGCUGGACUACAUUAACGUCCAUGCCAACGUGAUCGUUGGCAUGAUCCCGUCUCCCUUUUCGUCAGCUGUAGUUUUGGAUUUCUCCAGUAAUAGAUUCUCCUCCAUCUCCCCAGACGUCGGAGACUCCCUCCAUCGCGCCAUUUUCUUCUCCGCUGCAGACAAUCAGAUCGCUGGAGAGAUCCCGCGAUCCUUCUGCAACGCCACCGGCCUCCAUGUGCUGGACCUUUCAAACAACAGCUUCCAUGGAGGAAUCCCUUCCUGUUUGGUAAACAACAAUCUUGAAGUAUUGAAUCUGAGAAGAAACAACCUUGAUGGAGCGAUACCGGAUGCGUUCCCGGUUGAGUGCAGCUUGGAAACUCUUGAUCUCAGCAGGAAUGUUCUUAAAGGGAAGGUCCCUAAAUCAUUGAACAGAUGCAGUGAGCUCAAGGUGUUGGAUCUCACCAGCAACACGUUCAACGACACGUUCCCUUGCUGGAUCAACACCUUGUCCAGCCUCCGAGUCCUCGCCCUUCGCUCCAACAUGUUCCAUGGAGACAUGAACUGUUUGGGAGACACCAAUUCUUCGUGGCGAAACCUCCAAAUUUUCAACAUUGCUUCUAACUACAUAAGCGGCGCGAUACCUGCAGAAAUGUUCGAAAAGCUACAAGCACUGACUGAUGCCUCACAACAGCAACAGCAGCAGAAACAGCCUGAUUACUUGCAUUUCAGCAUGGAGACGGUUCAUGGCGUCUACUAUCAAGACUCUGUGACGGUUGUAAUGAAGAAUCAGAUGUAUGAUCUGGAAAAGAUUCAGACAAUAUUCACCUCAAUAGAUUUCUCAGACAACAAUCUACAAGGAGCCAUACCUCCAACAAUUGGAUCAUUGCAGUCUCUAUACAUUCUCAACUUCUCCCACAACGCCUUCUCCGGCCACAUCCCACCAUCACUAGCAAACGUAUCGAAGCUGCAGUCGUUCGACUUGUCAUUCAACGCUCUCGUUGGGGAGAUCCCGGGCCAGUUGGCUGAUCUUACAUCCCUUGGUGUUCUCAACUUGUCUUACAAUCAUCUUGUCGGAAGGAUUCCGCAGGGAAAACAGUUUAAUACGUUCACGGAGAGCUCGUACGUGGGGAACGAGGGGCUAUGCGGCUUCCCUCUGAAUAGAAAUUGCAGCGAAAAGGGAGCUUCGCAACCGGGAGAAGUACAAGGAGAGGAAGAGGAUAAUGUUUUUGAUAGAGGGAUGUAUGUGAAUGCAGCAUUGGGAUUUGUUGUUGGAGUAGGAAUCAUUGUUGCACCACUUUUGUUGUGCAAGAAAUGGAGAAACUAUUACAACAAGCAUCUAACUAGAUUUGCUGUUUUGGUCCUACCUCAGCAGAAUCAAAAAUCAACUGGAAAAUGGUGA